UUCCUCCUCCGCCGAUCCUCUCUGUCACCGAGCCGCCAUUUAAUUCCUCGUCCUUCCUCGCGCUAGAUCCUCCUCACACGACAUUCUCUCUCUGCAUCCUCUGCCGGCUUCCCUCUCGCUCUCUUCCUCCCCUGCCGCUGCCCCUGGCCCCGGCGGGCGUCUGCUGCUUCCCUUGCUCGCCUCGCCUCGGCUUCCUCCUCCUCUCUUUACUCCAACUGCUCCCACUCCCCAACCAACUCCACUCCCCCACUCCCAUUUCUGCCCUUCAUCCACAUGUGCCCGUGCCGAGCGGCAGCGGCGGUGCCCAGCAGCGGCGCGCCACCCAUGGCUCCGUGAACCCGUUCGCGGCCGCUCUCCUGGACUCUUCACUCGUCGUGAUCAAGCUGGGGGUUAGCGAUCUGGCACCACUAGCUUAGUGCCGUUGCUUAGGCUUCGACAUGAGCGGGCGCUGGGCUGCGGCGGCGGCACCGCCGAGCCUCCUGCAGGUCCUCCUCGCCUUGCAUUGCGGGGUCGUGUUCCUGCAAUGCUCCGCCGCCUCCGCCAUGAGCGGCGACGUGUCGGCGCUCAUGGCAUUCAAACGCGCAAUCAUCGAGGAUCCUCACUCCGUGCUAUCAGACUGGACUGAUGCGGACGGCAACGCCUGCGACUGGCACGGCGUGAUCUGCUCCGCGCCGCAGGGCUCCGUCAUCUCACUGAAGCUAUCAAACUCAUCUCUCAAGGGAUUCAUUGCACCUGAACUUGGACGUCUUAAUUUCUUGCAAGAGCUUUAUUUGGAUCAAAACCUGUUCUUUGGUACAAUUCCGAGACAAAUUGGCUCGCUGAGGAACUUGAGAGUUCUGGAUUUGAGUGUUAAUCGGCUCACUGGCCCUGUCCCAUCUGAGUUAGGCGAGUUGAGCAGCGUGAGCGUAAUAAAUUUCCAUUCAAAUGGGUUGACUGGGAAAAUACCAUCGGAGCUGGGAAAACUACAGAACCUCGUCGAGCUGAGGUUGGACAGGAAUAGAUUGAAGGGAUCAAUUCCGGGAAGCAAUACUGGCAGUUUUUCUCCUACUUCAAAUAUCGGAUCCACAGCUUACAAUGGACUAUGCCCUUCUCACCGAUUAUAUGUUGGUGAUUUCUCUUACAACUUUCUUGUUGGAAAAAUUCCACCCUGCUUGAAAUAUCUACCAAGGUCAAGUUUCCAAGGGAACUGCUUCCAGGAUGAGUACUCUACCCAACAGCGAGCUUUGCAAAUUUGUAUAAGUGGUUCUACUGGCCAGCGAGGUGGCAUAAAUGGAUCCAAACAUCCUGUACAUAAGCAUGAAAGAAUGCAGCAACCAACUUGGCUUCUUGUUUUAGAAAUUGCAACUGGCAUUCUUCUGGUUGUCUUUGUGAUUACUGGUAUUGUUACUGCUUCCAGAAGCUGCAAGCUGAAGCCUUCUAUAAGAAUAUCCUCAUGGAAUCGAUCGAAGAGUUGGAGCGAUGAGAUAACAGUGUUGAUUGAUUCUGAUAUGCUGAAAAGUUUACCAAAACUAAGUCGCCAGGAGCUUGAAGUAGCUUGUGAGGAUUUUAGCAACAUUAUUGGCUCGUCUCCUGAGACAGUAGUCUACAAAGGAACCAUGAAGGAUGGGCCUGAAGUUUCUGUCAUAUCAUUAUGCGCCUUUGAAGGUCAUUGGACUAGCCACCAUGAACUCUUUUACCAAAACAAGGUUAUUGAUGUGGCAAGAUUGAAUCAUGAGAACAUAGCAAAGUUUCUAGGCUACUGUAGAGAGAGUGAUCCAUUCUCAAGGAUGCUAGUCUUUGAGUACGCAUCAAAUGGGACCUUAUUUGAACAUCUACAUUAUGGAGAAGGAGCCCAGUUAUCUUGGCUCAGGCGGAUGAAAAUAGCCAUUGGGAUCGCCCAGGGUCUAAGAUACUUGCAUACCGAGUUGCAGCCCCCAUUUGCUAUAUCUGAGCUGAAUUCGAAUUCUGUGUACGUUACAGAAGAUUUUACGCCAAAGCUGGUUGAUUUCGAGUGCUGGAAAAUGAUGUUUUCGAAACAUGAGAAGGCUCCGAGCCACUUCAAUAGUAAAGGUUCUUUUCCUGGUCAUGGGGAUUCUGCGGAGGAUAAACAUGCAGAUAUCCAAGGCAACACAUAUGCUUUCGGGGUGAUUUUACUGGAGAUUAUCAGUGGACGGCUUCCAUACUGCAAGGAUAAAGGAUAUUUGGUUGACUGGGCUACCAAGUUCCUCCAGCAGCCCGAGGAGAUCGGGAAGCUUGUCGACCCCGAGCUGAGCAACGUGAGGACGGAGGAUCUCGCGGUCCUGUGCAGCGUGGUGAGCCGGUGCAUCGACCCUGACCCUUCCAAGAGACCGUCGAUGCAGAUCAUCACGGGCGUGCUGGAGAACGGGAUCGACCUGUCGGCGGCCGCCAUCCUCAAGGAGUCGUCGCUGGCGUGGGCCGAGCUCGCCCUGGCCUUGUGACAUGCCUGCCUUUCCGCCCGUCACCCUGUAAAUCCAUCGUCGCGCACGCUAAUAUUAGCCGUGGUUGUCUGUCUGCUUGACGUAUAGAGAGAGAGAGAGGACCUACCUUCCGCUGCGGCGGAGGAGCAGGAGCUGCUCAGGUUCGCGCAGGGCACUGAUUUGUUUGUGACUGAUGUAAUACGAUUUGUUAUAGCUGAUGGUGUGCGGGGGAGGCAUUGCGAGUGUAUCUGCGAUGCUGUCGCCUGUCUGAAUGAGAACUUGUGUGGCAUCUCGGUUGCCCCCCGCCCCUAUAGACUGAGUGAUCAUCAGGUAUUCAGGUAGUGCUGCUGGUGCUGGCCUGCCCAGACCUGUGUGUUUGUGUUGGGUGGAACUUGCGUUGCGUAACUGUAGGAAGAAUGUCGACCUUGUUUGUGAAUGGCAAUACUCUGUAUUCUGCA